AUGUCUUUCCAUCCCGAUAACCUCCCCAGCCUCAACGGAAAGGUCUUUAUCGUUACUGGUGGCAACGCUGGAAUGGGCUAUUACACUGUCCUCCACCUCGCAGCUCAUGGUGCCCACGUCUACAUGUGCUGUCGCUCACUAGAAAAAGGCACCGCAGCGAUCGCAGAAAUCAAAAAGGAACAUCCAUCAGCCAACAUCGACCUUUUGCAAAUGGAUCUUAUGGAUUUCUCCAGCACUGUCGCAGCUGCCAAGCACUUUCUCACUCUCGAAACAUCUCUUCACGGUCUGAUCAACAAUGCCGGCAUCAUGGCUACACCCUUUGACAUGACAAAGGAUGGCCACGAAGCUCAGUGGCAGACCAACUAUCUUUCACACUGGGUCUUUACAGAGCACUUGAUUCCUGUCAUGCAAAAUACCGCCAAGACUCUGCCUCCUGGUAGUGUGAGAAUCGUCAACCUCACUUCUUCAGGACACUUGGGUGCACCCAAGACAGGUAUCAACUUUGAUGACCUCACGCUUAAGGACCAAGGUGUGUGGGAGCGCUACGGCCAAGGCAAACUUGCCAACAUUCUUCACACAAAGAGCCUUCACAACAAGUACGGACCUGGCUCUGAGAACAAAGAUGGCGAGAUCUGGGUGACGGCAGUUCAUCCCGGUCUCGUCGAGACGAACCUCGCCACAACAGUCGACCCUACAGAAAAGGGCAUGCUGACUCUUGUCUCUGCUCUGCGUUGCUUUAGAAUGCUCUGGUCUGCUGAUAAGGGCUCGUGGAACAGUCUUUACUGUGCGGCUAGCCAGGAUAUGAAGGCUGAGCAGAGUGGACAGUAUAUGGAGAUCUUUCAUCGGUUUGGUGAGCCUUGGUGGGCGAGCAGUGCUGCUAAGGAUGAGAAGCUUGCUAAGAAGCUUGAUGUCUGGACGAGGGAGACUAUGAGCAAGGAAGGAUGGGUUCAGUAA